AUGAAAGCAUGCGACGAUGAAAUUAUGACAACUCAACAAACUGUGGUGGGUGAAUUGCAAACCGUAGUAUCGGAACUACAAGCAAAGGUCAAGGCGCUUGUCGCUGGCCCAAAGGUUAUCCAGAUGGAGGCAACAUCAACUUUAAACGACAUCAUUCUCUGGAGAAAAGUGGGCGCCCAUGUGGAUGGUAUUGAUGGUAUUGUCCGCAACUUGGAGUCUGGAAUGUACCAAGUUGCACUCACACUACCGAUCAAUUCGAACCCUGCACAAAUCCAACUAAGGAAGCGCACUCCAACAACAGCUUUCGUCGCCCUACAGACAGCUCCGUGUGGUGGCUACGGAACAGCGUCGGUUAACUGUGUUGUUAACGUCACGGAAGGAGACGAGUUCUCCGUGGUUUGCACAGCCAACAAUAUGGCUGGCUCGGGCUGCUUGACGUUGAUUCAGCUGGGCAAAUAG